AAAUCACAGGUAAACUUAAACGCAACCGCUCGUGGUUGGAUAGACAUUGUCAGUGUUCGCUGCGAUUUUUAAGAGUAUACACUAAAGAUUAGGAUAUACGUUUAAUUUCGGCUGUGCUUGGAUUAUCGGAGAGGGAUUAUCGUUUUAAUCGUUGAGCCUGAUUACAUUUUGUUGCUAUAUAAUUUUGAAAUAAUAAGUUUACUUAAUCGUUUGAUUAGUAGGUUACAAAAGACUCAAGGACUCAAAGGCAGACACCAUUUCGUAUAAGGACUGUAGUGGAGCGCCGACCUUUCUGUAAAAAUAGUUUGAGUGAAAAAGGAUAAAAACAUUAUUUCAUAAACCGUGCGACGAAAGAACACAGCGUGUGCUGAAUCGGAAUACGAGUGUGAAGAAACAAUAUAUACUUAUAUAUUACGUACAGCGUGUUUGAAUUGUCAAGAAUCGUUUUCGGAAUAUAACAUGUGAAAAAGGAAUAAAUAAUAAGCGUAGUCGUUGUGAACAAACGUGCUAGCCUUCACGGAUUACUUUAACAAUUUUCGAAUGCAUGUUUCAGUGAUGAGGAUUUACGUUGCGGUGGCGUUUUUGGCGGCGACGUUUUUGACGUCACAUGCCACAGAGUCCACUGCAGCAGAUUCCGGUGGGUACCCAUUAUGCCAAACUACGGGUCCGCUGGGGAUGAUCACGGGUGAGGUACAGGACUGGCAGAUCACGGCAUCUUCCGCAUACCCUUACGAAUGGGACAACAAAUGCCGCGAGAAGUACGCCCGUGUUUACCUCGAGAACAAGUACGGCUGGUGCGCCAAGUACAAGUCGUCCUCCGAGUGGCUCCAGGUCGACCUGGGGGUCGCUUCCAGGGUGACGGGUGUGUUGACGCAGGGCCGAGCGGACGGAAAUGAGUGGGUGACGGCCUUUAUGAUUUCCCACUCUAAUAAUGCAUACAACUGGUAUUACGUACAGGACCAGUAUGGAAACCAAAAGAUUUUUGAGGGUAAUACUGACUCGUACUCGGUGAAGCACUCUUAUCUGGACUCGGCGAUAGUGGCCCGCUUUAUCAAGUUCCACACCGUGCAAUGGAACCGCCACCCCAGCAUGAGGGUCGAGAUCAUAGGAUGUCAACUGUGCAAGGUUCCACUGGGGUUGCCACCAUACGCCAAGAUGACUGCCUCCUCCUCAAAGAAGAGCGCCCAGUCAUGCCAACCGGAAGACGGAAACAUCCUUAGCCACAAAGGCUGGUGUGCAAAGAAAAAGAAAGACCCACAGUGGCUGCAGAUCGAUAUCGGACCGCCAGCUCUUAUUUCCGCAGUGAAGACGAGGGGCCGCGGGGAUUCCAAGAGGGCUCACUGGGUCAAACGGUUCAUGGUCUCCUAUAGCAACGACUCUGUCGUCUGGUACAAGUACAAGGACGCACACCACCUUGACCCCAAGAACGAAUGGUUGUGGACACCGACGUAUAAUGCGUCAGCCUCUCAAUUAAUUCCCGACCAGUACACAGACGAGGGCCUGAUUUUCGGCGGGAAUAGCGACAAGAGCACGGAGCGGACCCACUACCUAAACUCGCCGUUUGUUGCCAGAUACGUCCGCUUCUAUCCCAUCGAGUGGAACAAGAAAAUAUCCAUGCGGAUUGGCUUGCUCGGAUGCCCUUUUAUAGGUGAGUGUCCAGAUGGUUUCAUGCGCGUUAACGCCGAGUCACCUUGUGUUGAGAACCUAGCGUAUAAAAAGCGUGCGCUGAUCAGCACGAGCGCGCGCCACAACAAGCGUCACAUCACGUCAACACACGUGUCACAGGACCGGGCAGAGCAGGCCGUUGACGGCAAGCUGGAGCAGCGCCUGGGUUACUGCACGAUUCUGGACAACCUUUACGGGGACGUGUUUACCAUCGAUCUAGGCCGCAAACAGCGCGUCUCCGGCGUCCUCAUCUACACAUGGCAGGGCGAGGGAGAAGAGGGUGCCAGUGCAUACAAAGAUUAUAUGAACAAUUUAGACAAGCUGCUGGUGUACGUAGAUGAUUCCGGGAGUAAAAAUGAACCGAAAGAUCCGAAUUCUACGUCGCAGCUUUGUUCGUAUAUUUCACGACUCAACGACGCCUUGUUCAAACCUGUGCUUCACUUUUCAUGCAUGAGACCUUUGACUGGCAAAAAAGUUUUAAUCGAAGCAUGGAACGUUGAAAACAGUUGGAACAGGAUUUUCAGUGCUGUGUUGUGCGAAGUGCAAAUCUAUGAAUAGAGUAAUGGAAUAUCUAGUGUAUAUUUAAAACAAUCUUUCGAUGAGAAACGGGCAAACUUGUAAAUAAUUCACUGUGAUUCUUGAUCUUAUUAAUUAACCAUAUUUAAUUAAUAGCCAGUUUGAUCAUUUUGAAAAGUGAAUAAGGUCAAGAUCUAGCACAAUAUUUUUCGAAGGGUACAAACAUAUUAUCAGAAAACUUCAGGGUAACAAGGCACCAAUAUAAUUUACAAACUAUCCAUAGACUUCAACUAACAAGAUAAUCAUACAUAACAAGGUUUUCAUUGAUGCAUAAAUUAAGAUGUGUUCAUUAAAUACACGACACAGAUCUGAUACAAAACAUUUAACUCAUCACUACCUUGUAAAUAUCCUGUUCUACACUGUUCUACACUAUGGCCAGCAAAUAAUGUAAUUAUGUCUGAGAUAUUAUUAUGCAAACAGCCCAUUAUGGGCGGACAGUUGUGUCGACGAAAGGUUGAACAAGGCAGUGCCAAAAUAUAUAUGUGAAAUAGACACACGCCCACGUUUUGCUGGUGAUGUACGAUAGGCUGCAAGCAAAGUAACGUUGGACCGUACGUUGGAUACGUGGUGUAGCAAGGAGUCGGUACAUACUCAGCACUAGGUGGCUUUGUAAAGUGACAACUAUGGCAUGUUACGGAGAGUCAGACGGACUAUACAUGUGCCAGUGACAUGACGCUCAUCAACGCCCAAAGUGGCGUAAACGUUACACCGUUUUUUUGUAUCUCUCCACGGGCACCGGAGUGUAACCGGAAUUAGUAGGUCUUACGUGUAUACGGAGCUACGUCAACGUGCCUCCAGUACUGUGAACAAUAACAGUUCGCUUCCGAACUCGGAACUGCAAUGACUUUUCUAAAAAGCGGACUACGUUCCGAGCAAGCGGAAAGGAGUGGUGGACGUUUUCAUGUUAUUUGUAAUAUUAAACAUGUACAUGCAUAUUGUACUAGAUAAACGUUUGUGUUAGGAGAUUAGAGCUGCAGGAUCUGUAUGGUGUAUAUAGUGUUGACUGUGGUACUUGUAAGCUCUAGUGGUUGCAGCUGUAGAUGUCCAGUCACAUACCGUGCUGUUCUUCCACACCAGAAUUUAACACACAUAUAGAUACCAGGAUUUAACUUUAAACUCCUUAUUAGACAUUUGGCUAUCAUUUCAUCACAAUUCUACAGAGAAACAUGAAAUUUGGCAUACAAAUUUAAAAACUAAGUAGCUAAGUAGUUUCGCAAGAAUCUCAUAUCAAAACCAAACAUACAGAUUUCUGCUUCAUUAUCGAAUCUCUGUACCCUUAUACUUACAUAAUCACGAGUUGGAUUGCGAAUGUAUUUGAAACGCGCUUGUCUGACGUACCAGUAGUAGAUCAGGCAAAUUAUUGUUGUUCUGUAUGAGCAUGUAUUUCACCAGGAGCUAUGCAAACAUUUGUUAUGUAAAUAUGACUACCAUGACAUCACAAGUGUAGUGUAUGUUUGUGUAUUUAUAUACUCCCCUCCUACCAGCAAGUAGCACGUCAUCGUUAUACCCUAAUAAGUAUUUUAUGUUCAUUUUUGUAAAUUCGCGUUUAGAACACUGGGUUAUAUUUUUUUUUUACCUUUCUUUUCAUAUGUUUAUGAAACUUUAACAUGGUUGAACAAUUUAACAUUUUCAAAUAUGAAAGUCGAGUACUUUUGUCUGUCUGUGUAAAAUGAUCUUUAUUGAUGACAAACUGAAUUCUUUCAGCAUACAUCUUAAACCUUUUCCGUUAAACACUAUCUGUUCAUCUUGUUAGGUGACGCCAGACACGUCAAACACUAUAUUGUAAUGUGACGCCGGGCUGCAGUUCGUUACACGCUUUCUGUACGUAUUGAACGUUGACGCCUGUCACCAGUACGUCGAAUAAUAUAUGUACAUCUUGUAAGAUGACGCUGGACAUCAGUACGUCGAUAAAUAUAAUAUGUACGUGUUUUAAUGUGACGCCAGUUUCAAAUGCGUCAAACAAUGUAUGUACAUCUUGUAUUGGGACGUCAUCUGUUCAUCUUGGUAUCUGACGCUGGACUCCAGUAGUUCGAACAACAUCUGAACAUCUUGAAAUGUGACGUCAGACACCAGUGCGUCAAACAAUAUGUGUACAUUUUGAAAUGAGACGUCAUCUGUAUAUUAUUUAAUGUGACGCCGGACACCAGUACGUUAAUCGAUAUCUGCACAUCUUGUAAUGUGACGCCGGACACCAGUACGUUAAUCGAUAUCUGCACAUCUUGUAAUGUGACGACGGACUGCAGUACUUUUCUCGUCUUUGCUUCCUCGACUCCUCUGAUGUUUCAGUAGGUAGAAAUAUGUGUUGACUGUUACUUUCGAAUUUGGCUACGUAAAGGCAGCUUUAUGGUACUCAGUACCACACAACCACAAAACUUUCUCUAAACUGAGGGCCGAGUCUUGAUCCACAUAUAUUACAGUCAAAAAAAGAAUUAUAUGAAUCGACUAGAAAAUCGUGUUCAGAUGAUACAUGUAUGCCUGCAUCUACAAUACACAUAUAAAACAUGGAUAAUUUUCCUUGUAACGUUUUAAUACCGUCCUGAAAGAAGGGACGUGGCCUUUAGUUUGUGUUAAGGUUUCAGCUUAUCUUUUUUGUUAGUUUUGUAUUACUAGAGCCCUCUGAAUUGCACGGACUGCUUUUUCAGUGCAUAGAUUCGUUUUUGUAAGUUAUUUAUACCAAAUUUACUAUGUUAGUAAAUGCUAUGUUUGUAGAAUGUAUAAAUGAUCCCUGGUUGGAAUAAUUUUUACUAUGUUGUAAAUACAAUAAUUAUUGUUAUUAUAAUAAGUUAAUAAAACGUUAUUUGUACAAA